AUGGAGAAAGAUUUACCGCGGGACACACUUAUUGACUGGUCCCACAUGGUAAUUGGGACCAAGUCAUGGCCGCUGACUGUUGGAUUCCACCUUGAGUGGUUGAUCCCUCUUAUAGAGUAUAUAUCCGUGAAACUUUUGAAUGGGGGCAUGGAUUUACGAGACGCGGAGACCGGCGAGAGCUCUAUGCAUGAGCGUGAAAGAAAGGGACGGUCAGACAGGGCGGCUGAAAACCGGAGGGGUCAAUCAAGCACGCUUCACCUCUCGGAAGCAAAAGGGCGAGCUAAUAAGGCCCUUGACCCCUGUCCUAAACUAGAUGGCUCAGAAGACGGAAAAGAAGAGACUGAAUUCAAGGUCGUACCAGAAACCUUGACGCUUUGCGUGAACAACUGCGGCCUCACUGGUAAUCCGGCGACCAACAACAUGUGCCAAAAGUGCUUUAUCUCCACCACCGUCACCACCUCCUCCUCCGCUGCCGCUGUAGCUCCGGCGACGUUAAAGUUCUCCGAGAAAAAUCGUAGAUCUAGCCCGUCAGAUUCGUCGGCGAGGUCAUCGGAGCUGUCUGGUACAAAUACCGAUCAGACGACGCCGGAUCGGGAAGAAGAGGAGGCAAAUACGUUACUUUUGGCGAAGAAAGCAGUGAAUCGGUGCUCAGGCUGCCGGAGGAGGGUAGGUUUGACCGGGUUCAGGUGCCGAUGCGGUGAGCUGUUCUGCUCGGAGCAUCGGUACUCCGACCGACACGAUUGCAACUACGAUUACAAGACGGUAGGACGAGACCGGAUCGCCAGGGAGAAUCCGGUGGUCAAAGCUGCGAAGAUCGUCAAAGUUUGA